CAAAGGGGACAAUCUGAAUUCCCAAGUAGAGUAUCGUCUAGGGUUCUUCAAUUCCAAGCUAUCUCCACUCCGAUUCCGAUUCCGAUUCAAUUGCUUUUUCAAAUCGAGGGUCUCAUCCAUCUCCGUUAGAUCUCUUCCGUCCGAUUGAUACAUUUAUCUCUGAAUAUGGUUGAAAUUUACAAAUCCUACCUUGAUUUUAAUCAAAGUUCGAACCUUUGCAAUUUCAUCGACUCUGAUCCGUUUCAUAGAUAAUUUUCUUAAUUUUGAGAGAAAGGUCCAUUUAUUUUAGGUGAAAGUUUGUGGUUUCGUGUGGAAUUUGGACUUUCUUUAUUAGUGCGUUGCAAAAUCUCCUUUUUUAUUUUCUUUAGUAAGUGGGUUCUGCAUCUUGUUUUUCCCUCUUUUUGUGAUCAGUCAGUUGUAUAGAUUUUUUUUUUGUUUCAAGUAUUAACAUGUACAUAGAGGAUGAAAAGAGAGGAGAGUUGGAGACUGGGGAGAAGGAGGUGGUUGUGGGUGGAGUGGUAGAGAAGGCAGAGAAAUCAUCUGUUGCUGGUAAGGUGUUGUGUUCUAGUGAUAGUAGUGGCCAGAAUGCUAUUGUUGUAUUGGAUGUCAGGAGGGUCAUGGUUGGAGUUGGUGCUCGGGCCUUGUUUUACCCGACACUUCUCUACAAUGUUGUUAGGAACAAGAUUCAGGUGGAGUUUCGCUGGUGGGACUGGAUUGAUGAGUUUGUGUUAUUAGGUGCUGUCCCUUUCCCAUCUGAUGUGACAAGGCUAAAGGAGCUUGGUGUCUCUGGUGUUGUCACCCUUAAUGAGCCAUAUGAGACUUUAGUGCCGACUUCCUUAUAUGAGGCUCAUGGUAUUCGCCAUUUGGUUCUCCCCACAAGAGAUUACUUAUUUGCGCCAUCACUGAAUAAUAUAUGUCAAGCAGUAGAGUUCAUCCAUGAAAAUGCUUCCAAUGGACAAAGUACAUACGUGCACUGCAAGGCUGGUCGAGGACGUAGCACAACCAUUGUCUUAUGCUUCUUGGUUAAGUACAAGCAGAUGACACCAAAUGAUGCAUAUAACUAUGUGAAGUCAAUUCGUCCUAGGGUGCUUUUGGCCUCUACCCAGCGACAGGCUGUCCAGGAUUUCUACCAUAUCAUGGUGAAGAAGACGUACAAUUCUAACCCCUUGACUAGUAUGGUAUCGCUGAGCUCAAGGUUCUUGGCUAGACGGAAUUUGCUAGCCUUUGAUGAUGGUGCUGUAGUUGUGAUAACCGAAACAGAUCUAGAUGGAUAUGAUUCGAGCCUCGACUCUAGGGUGGCUGGAUCUGAGAUUUGGGCUGAUUUGAAUUUGAUUUACAGGGUUCGAGUUGCUGGUGGGGCAGCCUUAGCAAGACUCUCCUGUAUGUGGCUUCCCUACCACACCGACCAGAAAAUUCCGAAUCAGAAGCUGACUGCAGAGAACAAGCAGCUGGAAAGUUUUACUGUAGAUAUACAUGUGUUCUCUUAAGUUAAAAGUUGUAUAUAUUUCUUCAGUAUAUAAAGAUGCUACAAACAUUAUCAAUGUAAAUACGACAUUCUUCACAUGUUGCAAGUGAGAAGUUUAAGAGUAUAUGUAUAUAUAGCUUUAUGCAAAAUUUGAACUUU